AUAACAACAGGCAGGUGAGAGUUCGGAAAACGCUAAGCGAUCUUGAUUUCACAACCAGGAAGAAAGCUUUUUCGAUCUGCUUUGAGAACAACAAGAAUCUCUCUGGAUCAUGUCGCGAAAAUGUCCAACUUGCGAGAAGACCGUCUACAUGGGCGAGAAAAAAGAGUCUGUUGGAAAUUGGUAUCAUCCAUUGUGUCUAAAAUGUAAGAAGUGUGGCAGGCAGCUUGCGAAAGGAAACCAUGCUGAGCGCAAGGGUCAGCCAUACUGUCAUAAUCCUUGUUAUGCCUCAGAGUUCGGCCCUGGAGGAUUCGGACAUGGCGGAACGGAGUCACACAAGUACUGACACAUGACCGUUUUUAAGGUUUAGGUGUUCCCAGAUCAGAUUGGUCAACCAUAAGGAAACAUGAUACCUGCCAUCAGUAAACCCGAAGGAAACUUCCACUGACUAGAUUAUAAAACAGACACAGUCUCUCAGGAAACAUAAACUUUUUAAUAAAGUGCCUUCGUGCCGUGAGUGCACCAGCUGUUGA